CAGACAGAACCCAGGCAGCCAUGGCUCUUUCUGGGUUGCAGAUGUGGAGAUGGAUACUAGUCACCUGUCUAAGCUGUAUUUUUACAAAGCAGGUGGUGGCAGAACCACACUACAUGGUGGCCAUCCCGGCAGUUAUGGAAGCAGGCUCUGAAGCCAAGUUCUGUGCCAGCCUUAUGCAACAAAAUGAGUUGCUGGAUAUGAUCAUCACUCUCAUCUCAGAGGAGGGAAAUGUGACCCUCCUUGAGGAGUCCACCAGCACCAAAUUCCACAAAUGUGUUCAGUUCAAGGCUCCGUCAGUGAAGACAGAACAGAUACAGAAAUUUGAGGUGUACGUUCGGGGCCAAACAUUUCAAUCAAGAGAAGUCAGGAAAGUCCUAUUUAGACCCUACAAUCCACUGACAUUCGUCCAAACAGAUAAACCAAUCUACCUCCCGGGACAAACAGUGCAGUUCAGAGUAAUUUCAAUGGACAGCACUUUCGUACCUGUCAAUGAACUGUAUGACAUCAUCGAAAUUAAGGAUGUUCAUGAAAACCGUAUUGGACAGUGGUUGAACAAAACAUCGGGCGGAAAAAUAUUGCAGCUUUCUCACAGCUUGAUCUCUGAGCCCCCUGAAGGAACCUACCACAUUAUUGUGAGGGCUGGUGACAGCACAACCUACCAUAACUUCAAAGUUGAGAAAUAUGUUUUGCCAAAAUUUGAUGUACAGAUACAUGUGCCUAAAGAAGUAAGCAUUAGCCAAGAGGAGCUCAAAGCUGAUGUAUGUGCGACGUAUACAUUUAAACAGCCUGUGCCAGCUAAUGUGGUAUUUGAAGUGUGCCGACCUAUGCAGCGUUAUGUUCCAUUGAUCAUCCCAGAACAUCCAGAGCGAAUCCUUGGGAUAUCCCCCCCUUGCCUAAACGAGUCGAAACAGCUGAAUGAGGAUGGCUGUGCCACUUUUACCGUCCCCAUAGCAAUAUUCACAAAAACCCACAAGUUUCUAAAAGACAUACUGUUCCUCACUGCUGAAGUGAAAGAGGAGGGGACAGAUAUUAAACAGAGCCAAGGCAAAACAAUAUCCCUGUCUCAUAUUAUCGGAAGACUCUCAUUUAUUGACACCCCCAAGGUAUAUGAACAAGGAUCUCUUGUGGAAGGAAAAGUGAAAGUGGUCUACUUCAAUAGAACACCCAUUCCAAACCACCCAGUUUAUCUUUCUAAAAGUCAAGGCUGGUUGAAGGAACACAUCCAGAACCUUACAACUGACAGUGACGGUAUUGCCAGUUUCUCAUUAAACACAACCGGCUCUACAGGGGACAUCAUGCUCAUAGCCAGUAGUGAAGUUGAAAUCAGCCCACGACAGUAUAACAUGCCAUACUAUGAAAAUGGGGAACACACAAUCUCCCUGGCCCGCAUUGCUACACCAGAGACAAAAACAGUCAGCUCCUUGGAGGUGGUAAAGAGUGAGAAACCACUUCUCUGCAAUGAAUUUGUGGACGUCACCAUCCGCUACUGGAUAGUUGGGGAGACCAAGGGACCCGUGGAUGUGUUGUAUCUGAUCUUGUCCCAUGGCACCAUUUUCAUACAAGGUGUUGUAGAGGCUCAAGUUCAAGAUGAUUCAGUGACUGAGAAGGAGGUGUCCAUUAAAUUCCAAAUGAAACCUGAGAUGGCGCCACUGGUCCAAGUGGUGGCUUAUGCUGUACUUCCCAGUGAUACUGUCAUCGCUCACAGCGCGAACUUUGACACGGAGAAAUGCUUCGUGAAUAAGGUGUCGGUGGCAUUUUUUCAGUCCUUGGCAGUUCCAGGAGAAAGGUCCAGCAUGCAGGUGUCAGCUCUUCAAGGUUCCCUGUGUGGCCUCAGUGCUGUUGACCAGAGUGUUCACAUCAAAGCACCAGGGAAGAAGCUGGAUGCAGACAAGAUAUUUGACUUGUUGCCCAUCAAGGCAAUAUCACAUAUUCCAUAUGAGGUUCAAGAUGAUUCACCAUGUUUGCCUGUGAGGCAAAAAAGAUAUGUAUUGCCAUACCCAGGACAUGGGAAGGAUGACCCAUACACAGUUUUUCAGAAUUUGGGGCUGAAGAUGGUAACAGAUUUGCAUCUCAAGCUUCCAUCCUGCCUCUUGUUCAAGGGAAGAACAUACCAGGAAAAUUAUGUUAUUGUGGCAGACAGGCAUCUAUAUAGAACCAGCAUGCAUCAGAGCAUGCCAGGUGUAGGGGGAGGACUUUCACGUAACAGUUUCCCCUCACCAAUAGAGACUCAGCGCUCGUUCUUCCCUGAGACAUGGAUAUGGGACCUUGUAGAAGUAGGCCAUACUGGAACAAAGGAUGUGUCUUUCACUGUCCCAGACACAAUCACCACUUGGGAAACGGAGGCCUUCUGCCUGUCCCCUGAGGGCUUUGGUCUGGCUACUCCUCAGGAGCUCAGAGUCUACCAACCCUUCUUCAUGGAACUCAGCUUACCCUACUCUGUUGUUCGGGGAGAAACCUUUGAACUGAUCGCAACCAUAUUCAACUACCAGUCCAACACAAUUGUGGUCAGUGUGACUCCAACCACCUCCACAGACUACACCCUCACACCCCUUGUCUCUCGUGAAGAGGACCAAUUCUGCCUGUAUGCGAAACAGCGCAAUGUCAUGAAAUGGAAAAUGACUCCCACUACCCUUGGAAUUAUUAAUGUGACGGUGAAAGCUGAGGCCUCAUCAUCACAGGCAUUUUGCAAUAAUGAGAUUGUGGAGGCGCUGGAGAGAGGUCGUAUUGACACGGUCACGCGCUCUUUAAUCGUGAAGGCUGAAGGAAUAGAGCAGACAAAGACUCACAACUGGUUGAUGUGUCCUAACGGACAUCCUUUAACUGAGGAAACAGAGCUACAGCUACCUGAGAAUAUGAUUGAUGGAUCUGUCCGCAUUUCCGUAUCAGUCUUAGGAGACAUCUUGGGCCGGGCCCUUAAGAACCUGGAUGGGCUGCUGCAAAUGCCAUAUGGAUGUGGGGAGCAGAACAUGGCCCUCCUGGCCCCAAAUAUUUACAUCAUGGAAUACCUGAACAACACACAACAGCUGACCGCAGCCAUUUCUGAAAAGGCUAAAAAUUUUCUUGUCAGUGGCUACCAGAGGCAACUGAACUACAAGCACAAUAAUGGCGCAUAUAGCACAUUUGGAACAGGAGUAGGGAAUACAUGGUUGACAGCUUUUGUGAUGAGAUCCUUUGUAAGAGCAAAAUCAUUCAUCUUUAUUGACCAAUCCAACAUUGAUGAUCCAAAACAUUGGCUGGAGCAUGAACAAAAACCUAGCGGUUGUUUCCGUAUGUUGGGACACCUCUUUAACAACAGAAUGAAGGGGGGAGUGUCAAAUGAACUGACCCUUACUGCUUAUGUUACUGCCGCUUUCUUGGAGAUGAACAUACCACCAUCUCAUGCUGUCAUACAAAACAGCUUAUCUUGCCUGAAGAAUUCUACCAUUGUUUCGGGUAACAACUACUAUACAGCUCUGAUGGCCUACGUUUUCACUCUGGCCGGCGAAAAGGAGACCAGGACCAAGCUUCUUCAGCAAUUGCACGAGGUCGCAUCAGAAGAGGGGGGUCUCAUCCACUGGAAACAAUCCUCAGAAGAGACAUCAUACUCUCUGUCUGUGGAGAUCAGCUCCUAUGUUCUGCUUGCCACCCUCAGCACCACCUAUACCACUGAGGACCUGGGCUAUGCCUCCCGCAUUGUUAGGUGGCUCGUCCGCCAGCAGAACUCUUACGGAGGUUUCUCUUCAACACAGGACACAGUGGUGGCUCUUCAGGCACUUUCUCUCUAUGCCACUUUGGUGUUUAGCGAAAAGGGCUCCAGCACAGUGAUGAUCCACUCGCCCAGUGGCCAGCUGACAUUUGUUGUGGACCAAAGCAACAAACUGCUCUACCAAGAGAGGGAGUUGCAGGAUGCAACAGGAAAAUACAGGCUGGAGGUGGAUGGUACUGCGUGCACCUCAAUACAGAUGACUCAGCGGUUCAACAUACCAACUCCCACUGAUGUGAACAAUAUCAGCAUCCAGGUCAAAACUGAGACAGACUGCACCAGCACAUCUCUGAGGCCUAAACUCACUUUGAAACUCAAGUCUCUGUAUAAUGGAAAGGAGACACCUACAAAUAUGGUGAUCAUAGAUAUCAAAAUGCUAUCUGGAUUUGUCCCAGACCCAAACUCUUUGAAACUGCUCAAGCGUUCCGUUGGGGUGGACCGUGUCGAAUACAAAGAUGAUCACGUUUUCGUGUACAUAACAAGGUUGCAUUCUGGCAUACCCAUAAACCACACCUUAGACAUUGUACAGGAAAUCGUUGUGAACAACUUGAAACCAGCUGUGAUCCAGAUCUAUGACUACUACCAUACAAGUGACCAGUCUGAGAUGGAGUACAACUAUCCAUGUGUCACAGGAAAUUGAAGGGAAAUGUGUGUUCAUCGCUAACAUCUGAGGUGGAAAAUGAUUUCAACCAAAUGCAAACCUCUUUUUUUUUUUUUUUUUUUUAAUUGAAAAUGCUGAUUAGUAUAUUCACAAACACAGUUGGGAAAGUAUCUUAAGUUUGGGUGUCAGUGCAAUGAUGCAUUUACAUGAAGCCAUGCGGCAAUGUGUGUUAUAAUUUUUCAUUAAAUACAAUCAUCAGUGUUCUGUACAUUAUGACAGGCAAAACUGCAACUGCACUUUAUGUAAAAAUUUCAAUGUCAUUAAAAGUCAAAAUAAAAAGA